AAUACAGGCUGACCUCACAAUUGAAAAAAACUAUUUAAGAAAGAUAUGGAAACCAGAUGUUUCAGUCACAUUUCAGCCACUGCUUUGAGAAUUUAUCAGGAGGAACCCUGACAGCCAUUAACUUCUCUGCAGCUGAAGAUAUGAUCAUCUUAACUUAUUUAUUUCUCUUGCUGUGGGAGGAGGCUCAAGGAUGGGGAUUCAAGGAUGGAAUUUUUCACAACUCCAUAUGGCUUGAACAAGCAGCUGGUGUGUACCACAGAGAAGCACGGUCUGGCAAAUACAAGCUCACCUAUGCAGAAGCUAAGGCGGUGUGUGAAUUCGAAGGUGGCCGUCUCGCCACCUACAAGCAGCUAGAAGCAGCCAGAAAAAUUGGGUUCCACGUGUGUGCUGCAGGGUGGAUGGCCAAGGGCAGAGUUGGGUACCCCAUUGUGAAGCCAGGGCCCAACUGCGGAUUUGGGAAAACUGGUAUUAUCGACUAUGGAGUCCGUCUCAACAGGAGCGAAAGAUGGGAUGCAUACUGCUACAACCCACAUGCAAAGGAGUGUGGUGGUGUCUUUACAGAUCCAAAGCGAGUUUUUAAAUCUCCAGGCUUCCCAAAUGAGUAUGAGGAUAACCAGAUCUGCUAUUGGCACAUUAGACUCAAGUACGGUCAGCGUAUUCACCUGAGCUUUUUGGACUUUGACCUUGAAGAUGACCCAGGUUGCUUGGCUGACUAUGUUGAAAUAUAUGACAGUUAUGAUGAUGUCCAUGGAUUCGUUGGAAGAUACUGUGGGGAUGAACUUCCGGAAGACAUCAUCAGCACAGGAAACGUCAUGACCUUGAAGUUUCUGAGUGAUGCUUCAAUAACAGCAGGAGGUUUCCAACUCAAGUACAUCACGGUGGAACCCACAUCCAAAUCCAGUCAAGGAAAAAAUAGUAGUACCACAUCCACUGGCAGUAAAAACUUUUUAGCUGGAAGAUUUAGCCAUUUGUAAAUCAAAGGAUGUUCAAAAUAUGCAAUGUUUUGCCGGGGAUUUAGCUCAGCGGUUUGGUGGCCUGCCUUGCAAGAGCAAGUACCCUCAUUCUCCGGUACCAAAAAAAAAAAGCAAUGUUUAUUGCAUCUUUGGAACCUCCUCGAUAUGACUUUUGUAUUACUAUUUUUGUUAACAUUUAUUUAUUGUUUUUCUACAUGUGAAAGUAAUACCUAAUUUGGUGAGUAAUCAAAAGAUUCAGAAAAAUUCAAAUGCAAAAAUAAAAUCUCUUCUAAUUCAACUGAAUAGAAAUAACUAGGGCUAACAUUUUUUUUUUUCAUUUUUCUACUUGUAGUAUAUGUAUAUAUGUAUCUAUAUGUAUUUGUAUUUUAAAUUUUGGAAUCGUUUCUAUGUACAGUUUUAUAUACUGGUUUUGGGGGGAGUAUUUUAACCUUAAACUUUAGUGUUUUUUUUUUUCUUUUUAUUGAGUUUAUUGGUACAAUCUAGGUAUACAAUACAA